UUCCGGCGGAAGCUACAAAAUGGCGCGUGGGCAGUGAUGCGUUUUCGGAAAAAGACACAAAACUGCUCUUUAUGCCAGAACCCAUAAUGCAAAACGGUGCCGACACUGUGAAAGAUCAUUUGGAAUCUGUUCCUCGACCUCCAGCGUCUUCCAUUCUUGUAACCGAGGCAGAAAUAUCUGUUGAAGCCAUCAAACAAAGCCGACAGGAGGCAUCCAUUGUGGCUGAGAGUAGUGGUACUAGUGCUAUUGGUUCAAGUAGAUUGGAGGAAAUAGAAGCAGAUAGUGACGCUUUUGGAUUGAUACAGAAAGCCAAGAAUGGCACCUCGUCCAUCUCGGACACCCCAGCCCUGGACAAGCCAGAGGAAAGUCAGAGUGAUGAAAAGGACACGGUUGAAGCUGCUGUAGUGGAGGCACCCAAAGAAACUGUGUUGGAGGAAGAAAAGGCCAGCAAGGAAGAAGAACCUCAAUCCAAGGGAGAUAACACCGACAAGGAAGUCAUCAAACCAGGCAAUAGCAAUAUGAAUGAAUCUGCCUUGGAACCAAACAGUGACAAAGGCGAAAACCAGAAAAAGAAACCUGGUCGACCUAGAAAAAUGGAUUCAGGAGAAAAAGUGAAGAAGAAAAUUGGUCGGCCACGUAAACAUCCGGUUGUUGAAAGUGUAACUAAAGAUGACGUUCAAGAGGCAGAGGUGGAGAAGGUUGCUGCAACAGGGGAGGCAACUCCAGAGGUGGACGUUGACUUAUUUACCUACGUCCCUGGUAAGACUUCAGACCCAAUUCAGUUAUCUACUGUGUCGAGCAUCGUGAGCGGCAGUGAGGGUACAGCAAGUAUUGAUGGAGAAACACUUGAGAACAGCAUUAAAUCUGGGGAAGGUAAACUCUUGAAUGGUUCCAAACAUGCAGAAGUGAAGAAAUUAUUGAAAAAUAAAUUACUGUCUCCAGAUAGGACUCGUAAACGGAAAGCUAGUAUGGACACAAGUUCUCAAUCAAAGGUCAAGAAACCAGGGUCAAGGCCACCUGCGGAAGAUUCAAGUAGUUCGCAAAAGCAACAGGACAUGAAUGAUUUCCUGGAUGCAACGCAGAAGGCUUUGUCGGGACAGGAGACCAACGGUGUUGCCGAUGAUCAAGAGGACGGGGAUAGCUCUGCUUCCAAUGUGAUGGCCAAAGGUCCAUGUAUUGAUAGUGAUGAUGAUGAUGAACAACUGAAAUCAUACUUGAAUCCCCAAGGUCCAGCGAAGCCAUGGAGUAUUAAGAAGAAGAAGAGGAAACUCAACAUGCCGAUGUCUUCCAAGAGGAAAAGCCCCAAGAGCCCCGAGAACCUGAAGAGGCUUGCUGAAAUGGCAACCAUGCACAAUUCUUUUGAGGCCUUGAAUACUAGUUUUGUAGGUGAGCCUGAAGUUAAUGAUGGUGCUGCCUCCCACGUUGUUGAUGGUGAUAGUUUAGGUGGAGAAACAGACUCCUCCGCAAUAAGCAGCAAAACCAAAAACAUCGUCAAGAAAAAUGCUUUUGCAGUGUUGAGGGAACAGUUGUCUCAAGAACCUCGGCUAAAUGAUGCCGUGCUGGAUAUUCAUAAUGGUGACAUGAUUCCUCCCAUUCCAGAUUCUGCUGAGGAGUUUCAGUCUCCCAAAAGGAGAAGUAAGAAAUUCAAGGCUGAGCCUAUUAAAGAUGAUAUGGAGACGACAGCAGGCAGACCGGUAGAAGCAGGUAAGGCUAAGCAAGAAAAUACUCUGUCAAAACCCGAAACGACAGAUGUGAAGAAAGUAAAUAAGGGGAACUCUCCUAGAUCGAAGUUUCGCAAGAAAAGAUUUCAUAAAUGGAACAAGAAAAAGAAACACAGUCCUGCGGUUCUACAGAGACUUGAGGCUCAGUUGAAAGCGAUGAGAGCUGCAAUCGCAGCCGAGAAGAACGCUGCCAGUCAUGGCCUCCAGCCAGAACCAAGUCUCGUCCAUGCAGGUCUGAUGAACAUUAAGAAGUACGGGAAGACAGUGUUGUCACAAAUAAAAAGCAGUCAACAUAAUUCUGCAAAUGAUGGAGCUGAUGAUGUUGGUGAGUUGCUGUUUUCAACCCCAGCUUUGGGUAGCUUGCCUCCAGCACCACAGAGGCUUCAGGUAGCCAAGAGAGGCAGAGGCAGGGGUGGAAGGAUGGGGAGAGGCGGUGGACUGACCACCAAGAAAUCUUCUCCUAUUGUUAGACUGAGCCCUCUUGGUCCUAAAAAUGAUACAGCGGACACAAACGAAAGUGUUUCCGAUAUCUUUUAUGAUGCUGAAAUGAUGGGUGCACAUCCAUCAAGAGAUGAGGACCCACCUGUGCUCACAAAGAUAUCUGGCCUUGAACCAGUACAAUCAAGCAUGAAGCGGCCCAAGCUGUCUAAUCAUGGGGAGGCUCUGGAUGGGUCAGAUUUGCAGUCAAAAAUGCAGGCUAAAAAAUCAUUCCUGAAACCGAGGGAAGCUACAGAGUUUGCAAAUGACACUGGUGCAGUCUCCCUGAAGAACAUUCUCCCAGCUUCUCGAAGGAUGACAGCUCCAAAGAAAAAUGCAUUUGUUGUCAAGCGUAGUUACAAGAGAUCCCUUCAGAACUGUGGAAUGAACAGGGGCGGGAAGAAGGGAUAUGGUCGGGGAGGCAGAAGGGGAAUUGCAUCACGGAGGAUGAUGAUGCGACCAGGAAUGGCCAUGUCAAAAUCGAAAAUGGGUGGUGGUGUUGACCCAGGUCAGCUUUCCCCUGAUCAAUGUUCUCGAGGAACUCCUCUUCACCGGUCACCACACCCACAAACAUCCAUCUUGGAAUCGGAUCCAAUUCACCAGGGGGGAUUUUAUGGUAAAAAUGUGCACCGUCGGGCUGAAGGUCGACGUAAUUCCAGAGAGAGGUUGGCUGGGGGGAUUGACCAGUCAUCACCCUCUCGUGACUCUCGGCACAGUUCUGGGCAGGACUUCCGGAAGCGCCAGUCCCCUGGCAGUUACCGACGCUCCAUGUCGGAGGACAAUGACCAAGCUAGUGGAUCUGAGCAGAACAGUAACAAAUCCUUCAGUUACUCUCCCAACAGGAAGUCUGGGAUUGGCAGCACAGUUGGAGCAGUUAUAUCCCAGUUGUUUGGGGAUGAAAUCCCUCGCCUGGUCCCUGGGAGCGGCUACGUCAUCAACGUGAGACUGGACGUGGAGCGGAAGGAGGCCACAGGCACCCACAAGAGUCACAAGAAUGUCUCCACCCAGGAGGACCUGGACUAUGACAGGAGACGCCAUCAUUCCACAUCUAGGGAGAAAUCGACACACGUCUCGUCCACUGUCAACUCCUACACCCGUAAACCAUCUCAUUCCGAGCCCCAACCAUCCACAUCCGCCUCUCCAGACGACCCUUACCAAAGGGAGAGAACUUCACAGCAACCUCACAUUUCCGAUGUUGACCUGUGCGCCAUGUUGGAAGAGAGGAUAUCAUCUCGUAGAGGACUGCGGGUGGAUGUACGAGACAAUCUCCUGGACAAUAUCAAACAUGUAGAGCGUGUACUCAAAGAAUCUUCCUGAUUUCCGAAGAUUGAUGUUGUGAUGUGUGUUGUGUCUUCCUGAACAGGAACUGUGAACGUGGUGAAUGUUUUGUGAUAAAUUUCGUAUUAAAACCAUGCACUUUCACAUUUAUGCACUAGAUUAGAAACAGCGCAUCCUGCAGCAGUUCAACUGCGAUGUGGAUGAGGAUCAGUUUGAGAGUGCUUGUUUCUAUAAUUGUUUUGCUGGUCAAGCUUGGAGCUUUUGUUUGAUGCAUUUGACUAUACAUGUCUUAGAUUCUUUCUUUAGAUGAUUAGGCAAAAACUAAAGUCAUGUUAUAUUAUAGUGUUGACAUUUGAGUUGGCGAUUUUCAGUCCAGACUCUUUUUGUUUAUUGGUGUACCGAUUCAACCUGCACUUAAUUAAUGGGGAAAAAAUAAUCUGAAAAUACUUUUUUCAUUCUGUUAUCAUUCACCGCAAUCAAAUUGUAUAAAACUGACAUAUUUUUUUCUAUGAGACAAGCAUUGCAAAGGUAGACACUUACUCAGAUGGUUUUGAAGAAUGUGAUCUGUCAUGUUAGUUUUACUUAUAUUGUCUUUCCCAUCUACAGAUCAGGAUUUUUCUCACCAAGGAGCAUAAGCCAAGGAAUGAAAACAUUCUGAUCUGAUGCAAAUAUUCUGAUGUUCUAACUGUUUACCUGGGAUGAAAAUCAAGGUGGUUAUAUCCAUGUCUGAAUCUGUCACUGUAUGAACUAAGAAACUACUCCAGUUGAUGAGAAUAAAGUUUGUUCUGGCUAAUGAGGUGA